AUGGGUGUCACACAGCGGCUGGCAAUCCGAACACGCGUCAAUAUCCGUCCUGUGCUCAUCGGAGCUGAAGGGUCGCGGCCUGGGUCCACAGGCCGUGCACUGCUCGCACGUGCAACCGCCGAUGCGAGGGCAAACAAGCUGCCGCCGUUGUUGUUGUUGUUGUUGUUGUUGUUGUUGUUGUUGUUGUUGUUGUUGUUGUUGUUGUUGUUGUUGUUGUUGUUGUUGUUGUUGUUGUUGUUGUUGUUGUUGUUGUUGUUGUUGUCGUCCUGCGCGAGCGUCGCCAUGGCCACCUGCCCCUGGUCCGCAUCGCCCGCGUGGAGGAGGGAGCGCAGCAUGUCGGAAACGCAGCGCGUGACGGCCGGGCGCACGUCAUCGGGCAGCCGCUGCAGCAGCGAUGACACGGCCGCUGGCUCGCUCAACGGCAGCGACAACAGCGAUGCUGAUGAUGCCGAAGUCCGAUUUGCUGUUGCUGUUCUUGGUGUUGCUGUUCUUGCUGUUGCUGCCGCUUUUGAUGACAAUGAUGAUGAUGCCUGUUUUGAACGCUUUGGUGCAGCUGCCUCACUGUUUGCGGUUGACGGGGGGCGCUGUGAUAUGAUGGUCGUGUAG